AUGCUCUCCCAGCAGAUAAUACAGGACAAACUUUCCGCGGCGAUCGCGGAUAUUCACAACAUCAUCAUUACAGAUACAUCAAACGGUUGUGGCCAGUCUUUCGAUGUGAUUGUGGUGAGUGAUACCUUCAAGGGUAAAAACAAGCUACAGAGGUGUCGAUUGGUGAAUAGUGCGUUGAAAGAAGAGGUAGCCCAGAUUCAUGCGUUCGGGUCAAAGUGCUUGACACUCGAAGAAUGGAAAAAAUUGGUCGUGUAA